AUGGACGAGCACAUCACCCUGCCGCAACUAUCCGUCGAUCUGAGCACGGAUGGGUGUGGAGGUCUGGAGGCUCGCGACGUGGUCCUCAAUCCGCAGGUAUCAUUUUCAGAGCGACAAUAUCUCGUAUAGCCACCUUUUCUUGCAGACCAUCAACGAGUUCUUCGUGCUGCACACCGUUCCACUGACGUUUGUGGACGGAUGGGUGGGAAGGAUCCGAGCAGAUGUGCCACUUCUCACCCUACUGACACAACCGUCAAAGGUGUCAGUGGAAGACGUGGAGGUGACGGUGCGCGGCAUGAACAUCGAGCAAAUGAAGGCGGAGGACGUUUUGAAAGGUGAGAGGAGACGAGCGACAAUGAUCGACAAUAUAAUUGUAGUGUCGUCGAUCAUUCGAAGUCAGUGCCGAACGUUCGAUCGCGAAGACGUCGCCAGAAAUGUGCUGGAGGCGGUGCUCGGGAUGACGCGGCUUUGGGAUGAGAUCUCGGAAACCGGAGCCGCGCUGAUCACCCGCGCCGUUUCUGGAUUCAGUCUGACCGCCAGGAAUGUGACGAUUCGGCUCGAAAGCCAGAGUUCUUCCAAAGUGGCGACGGCUAUCGAAAUGAAAUUGGAAGAGAUGACGUUCCUGGAGGAUUCGGUCAACUUCCACGGUGUGACACUGUGCACAGACGUCUUCUCGACGACAGAUGAUCCGAAGAUGCGUUCGGAUCCGAUCAAGUUUGCCGAGGUGCUCGGAGACAUCCGAGUGACACUGAACGGCAAGGCACUGGAGGUUUCUAUCGAUGCCGUCAACGUUUUCGCAGUUCCGUCGCAGACGUCGAUUCUGAAGCGGUGAGCUUGUUUUCUUUGGCUCUAACUCAGACGUUUGAAAAGAUAUCAAAAAGUGGUCAACUGAGAAAAUGUUCGAAAUUUUUCAAUGAACAAUUCAUCAGUUGACAACUUUUUGCUAUCUCUACCGACCGCCGAGAUAAACUCGUUUGAACCACGAUCUUUCAGAGUUCUCUCCUCGAUCACGACACUUGACGAGGCAGCGCUCAUGGAUCGAGAGGACGAGUUGAGCAGGACCAAUGACAGUUUUCAUGAGUUUGGCGAGAGCUCAUUUGCGACGAAAAGUUGCAAAAGCGUCCGGUUUGAUCGGCCAGGUAACUCUACAAUAGUCGAUUUUCAAGUCUAGUAACUUUUCAGACGAAACUAGCCUAUUCGGAGACGUUCCAAAGUUCAAUCUUUGUGUUGGAACCGUUUUGAUCGUGAUUCCACACACGGACUAUCUGGGAACGCGGUACGUGGAUCUGCACGGAUCAUACGAGGCCGGUGUCCGAACGCUCAAGGACCGAUCAAGAGAGUUCUUUGCCGAAAAGGACCGGAUGUACCCGGAAGAUCAUCUUCGAUUCGUCGCAAAGGGUCUGGAAGUGUCCAGCUGUCAACUGAUCGGACAGGAUCUGAAAGUGCAAGAGAUAUUGGAGAGAUCCGACGGGACCGGCCGAUUUGAAACCAGUCUGCUCGAGUUCCAAGACUGCCAGGAUCCACAUUUGGAAGUGAACAUUCAAAAGUCGUUGAAUAUAGUCUUGGGUCGCUUGAAAAGCGAGUUGGAUGUGUCGAUUGUGGACCGAAUUUCGGAUCUCCUGGUCCUAAGACCGUUCUUUCAAAGGUACCUUUUUGAUAUUUAUAAUAUCAGAAACAUUUUAAUAACUUUCAGAAGUGAUGAUCCAAUGAGAAACGCCCACGCGGUCGGUGUGGUCCCAAUAGUUCACAUUGGAUGUCCGAGUUGGCAAGUGGUCGUGCGUGUUCCGAAAGUUCACGAACAAAUCCCGACGUCUCAACGUAAUCUUUAUGAGGAAUUCCUUCGAUUCGGACUCAAGAAUAUCGAUAUCAUGGUCCCGGAAGGCCGGUCCGAGGUUACGGUCCUCAUUGAUCAGCUCUCCGCAGACUUUUGUGCAAAGCGUUUCCUGUUGGCGAGCAGGACCGGAUCGGAGAAGAUUGAAAUGAAGAUCCAUUUACAAAAGGACAUCGGACCACUGGAUGAGACACCUUCAAAUGAGCCCUUCUCAGAGUUCCGACGAGCAGGACCAUUUUCGACGGUCCCCAAAAUUCAAGUGGGCGAGGAAAAUCGAGAGAUGAUCGAAGCAGGAACGCGUGGCGAAAUGCUCAAGUUCCACGAGGGAUCCGAGGACCGGGCGGCGAUCCGAGUGUCCUGCACGGUCCCUCUGCUCAAUGUGCAUGUUCCUGACAAGGUUCGACUGGAGCUGCUGUACAAUCGGAUCGUCAACGAGCUUCUUUUGUUCCGUCCGCUGGUCCCAGUGGCUCAACGGAUCUCUGGCGCUGAAACCGACAAUAUCGGUUCUCACAACUUUGUCAUCGGUGUCAAUGUCCUCAAGAGUCGUGUUUUGUGUGCUACUAUGACCAAAGAGGUUUGUAAAUAUUAUCGCCUUCACAAUUUCAAUGCCUCAACUUUCAGGAACCAGCAGAGCCAACCCAAGUGGCCUUCAAUCUCCGGCACCUUCAUUUCGGAGCAACUUUCGGGUUCCAGGGCGACGAGCACCGCACAUUUUACCACGUCACAACGUCGGAACUUUCGAUUGGACAUGCUCAAGCUUCUGACAAGAUUCCCAAUGCUAUCAAUCGCCUAGAUUUUGCCACGUGGUCCCCGGAGUUGAGCCAAAUGUCGUCGGAAGAUCCAAGCGAUGGAGAUGUGCUCGGAAUUGCCGUUGAUUUGACAUCGAAAUCCUCGAAAUCUGCCAUCAUCGCAAUCGCGCUUCGGAACUGUCAAAUCGUCGUCGAUCCGUUGGGGACCGACUGGCCGCUCCAACUGGCGGAUCUAUUCGAUCUCGGCGACUCUAAUGAUCAUCCGGUCCCCUCGCCGUCCGCUCACGUCCAUUUCUCCACUGAAAACGUGGCAGUGAACUACGAUCACACCGGGACCAGGUUCCGAACGGUUUUCAAGAAUGGCCACGUGGAAACGACGAUCCAGAAGGACCAGGACGUUCUGAAGGCCAAUUGGCUGCUCGAAAAUUGUGCACUAUUCAUGGGAACGUCGGAGGUGCUCGAGGUUCGAGCCGUUCUACUUUACACUUCGAUGGACCUCGAGGCGGACGAGAAAAAGCGGUGCCUGGAAGUUCGUGGCGAAAACGGCGUCGUCAAAACGUCCAUGUGCUCGAAGUUGCUUGCCGAUUACGUCAAUAUCGUCAAGGAUUGCCUGAACUGUUGGGAUCCACCUGAAUCGACGCAAGAGGUGCGAAGGUUCUCGUCGGAUUACGAGGAGGAUGAGAUGUUGAAGAUCCUUCUGGAUGCUGUCAAAGAUGUCGAAUCGGAUCGGCGAGCCGAAGAUUCACUAUUCAGCGUGCUGGAUCCGGAGUGUCGUACAGCAACAACACCGCGUGUUCCUUCAAGUUCAGUCAAAAGUUCUCAAAAAGAGCUGCGACAUCGCUUCCAGAUGGAAAACUUUACGAUUCAAGUGAAAAUGUGUGCUCGCCACGGAGAGGAUCAUGUGAACGUCGAGUUGCGGAACGUUUCGGCUCUGGCCGAAUCAUUCGCCGAUCGUUCCACCGCGUCGAGCCUUCAAAUCGGAGACGUCGUCGUCCGGGACCGCAUCGAAGCGAGUAAAAUCGCCGAGAUGCUCUAUCGGUACACGUCUUCUCGCACGCCGGUGCUCAGUGUCCACGCAUCCGGCACCGCGGACAAGGUGGCAACGCUGAGAGUGUCGAUGCAGCCGAUCAAGAUCAACCUGGACCAGGAUACGAUGGAGUUCUUCUUCAAGUUUUGCGAAGAAGCCGGAGUUGACAAGGAUUGGGAGGAUUUGAAGGGUCGGGAUGGUCAAGAAGAUGUCUGGUUGGAUCAUGACGGCCUUCUCAUCGAUCUGAAUGAGGAGAAUGUGGAAACGGAGAACCCAAAGCUCAACAAGGGCCCCUCAGAACUCUUCUUCGAGCAUUUUCUCUUCUCGCCGCCCGCCAAAAUCUAUCUGGACUACCACGGAAAGCAAAAACUCGGCACCCACAAAGCGGGCGUGUUCGUCGGUUUUCUAAUGGCGUUCGGACAACUCGACCGACUUCCGAUCACUCUCAAGGCGAUCGAUACGCGCAAGGGACUGCUCGGCGUGCACAGUGUGCUCGAGCACGCCGUCGACACGUGGACCCACGACAUUCUGAAGCGAACGCCAGUCGUUGGCAGUUUCACGCCGAUUGUGCCGAUUCUGAACGUCGGCAACGGUUUCGUCGACCUCGUCCGCGAGCCGAUGGCCGAGUACCGAACGAACGGAAGUGUGGCGCGGGGCGUGCGACGUGGCCUCACCUCUUUCGGCUUCUCCUCGACGACCGGAGUCGUCGAGGCGGCGCAGACGAUCGCCGGUAUCGCGAAUACGCUUGUGCGGCACGGCGAGCAGAACAUUCCGGCGAUGUCGUCGAUCGGCACAGUCACGCAGGCGUCGGUGAGGCUUCUCGACGAAAUUCGGACGCGUCUUCUUCCCGAAACGUGUGAGGAUGAGCUGAGGAAGUGGGGCGGAGCCAAGAAGAAGAAGUGA